AGAGAGGAAAAAGAGGGAGGGGUAAGCUAAAUAAACACAACUACUGAUGUCUAGUUAUCUCUUUGAGCUAAUGCGGUCUCUCUGGGCAUAUGCCGGGCCUCAGAUGCAGAUUGAGUGUGUGUCUGCGGUAGAUGGACUGCCUGUAUGUCUUCGUAUAUAUGUUUGAGAGAAAAAACACUCCUUAUUUACUUCAGAAAUUAAGAACCUGAAUUUGGAUUAUUAAACAUAUGUAAGUGUGCUGAGGACACACAAAAUUGAUUAUUUUCAUCCAAUGGAAACCAUUUUCGUAUCAUAAGGCACCCAGUAUGAUGCAUUUAUCAAACUUUCUGGUUUUCUUCUGGACUGUUACUGAACUCAGAGUAGGGAAUUGGGGAGACUGACUGGGGAGACGGUGAAUAUAGGAUGGGUUGUGCUUGUAGUGACCAGUAUAAUCCCAAAGACUCUAGAGGGCAUGAACAUUUUAAUUCAAACUCCAACAAAUUUCAUCUGUCAAGAGAUCACAGGAGGCAAGACAACGAUCUAGAUGAAGACAUUGUUAUUGCUCAAUAUGACUUCCAGCCUGCUAGUGACAGUGACCUUCAGUUCAAAAAAGGCGACAAACUCAAAAUUAUUAAAGAGAAUGGUGAAUGGUGGUUGGCAAAGUCCUUGGUCACUGGUUAUGAGGGAUUUAUUCCGUCUACAUAUGUGGCAAAAGUACACACACUGGAGGUGGAGAGAUGGUUUUUUAAAGACUUGAGUCGCAGAGACACAGAGCGUCUUCUGCUGGCACCAGGAAAUAAACCUGGCUCAUUUCUUGUGAGAGAAAGUGAAACAACCAAAGGUGCUUUCUCUCUGUCUGUAAGAGACUCCACCCCGGAGCAAUGUGAUGUAGUAAAGCAUUAUAAGAUUCGAGCCCUUGAUAACGGUGGUUACUACAUCUCUCCCUCCACAACCUUUUCUUCUCUUCAAGAACUAGUGAAGUAUUACUCCAGGACAUCAGAUGGUUUGUGCCAAAAGUUAGGAAGUCCUUGUAAAACUGCUGACCCUCAGAGACCGUGGGCUCAAGAUGAGUGGGAGAUUCCCAGAGAGACUCUGAAGAUGGUGAAGAAACUUGGUGCCGGUCAGUUUGGAGAAGUGUGGAUGGGAUACUACAAAAACUCCCAGAAAGUUGCCAUCAAGACUUUGAAGGAAGGCACCAUGGAGCCGGCGGCUUUCCUACAGGAGGCUAAUCUGAUGAAGCAGCUCCAGCAUGAGAGACUGGUGAAAUUGCAUGCCGUAGUCACCAAAGAACCCAUCUAUAUCGUCACAGAAUACAUGGCUAAUGGAAGCUUGUUAGACUUUCUGAAGACGGAUGAUGGCCAUAAAUUAAAACUUCCCAAGCUGAUCGAUAUGGCUGCUCAAAUUUCAGAGGGAAUGGCUUUCAUAGAAAGGAAAAACUACAUUCACAGAGACCUGCGUGCCGCUAAUAUUCUUGUCUCUGAGACCCUGCACUGUAAAAUAGCAGACUUUGGCCUUGCCAGGAUCAUAGAAUCUGAAUACACCGCACAAGAAGGUGCAAAGUUCCCUAUUAAGUGGACGGCCCCUGAGGCCAUCAACUACGGUACUUUCACCAUCAAGUCAGACGUUUGGUCCUUUGGAGUUCUUUUGACAGAGAUCGUCACAUACGGCAGAGUACCGUAUCCAGGCAUGACGAAUCCGGAGGUGAUCCGCAACCUUGACAGGAAUUACAGGAUGCCUUGUCCAGAUGGAUGUCCAGAAGAGCUCUAUGACAUCAUGGUGAAAUGCUGGAAGGAAAGGCCAGAGAACAGGCCCACCUUUGACUACCUACAGGACACACUCAAUGACUUUUUCAUUGCUACCGAGGGCCAGUACGAGAUGCAACCUUAACCUCAAUAGAUGAACUGAAAAGGGGAUGCAGGAAAUACAUAUGGAAUGAAAGGAUGGACUAAACUCCGGACCAUAAUAUGGAUUAUGGGGAAUAUACUCAAGCAACAACAGUGGAUCCUUGUAUAUUAGUAAAUAUUUUUUUACACAUACUGUAUGUCAAUUUUGUUAAGGUUUAGUGAAUUUCUAAUAUUUGGUUUGUCUUGUGGGCUUCUUGGGGUAUUUCAUAAUUCUUUAAAGAUGAAGUGUGUGCUUUUUUUAGCUAAGUUACUUUUUUUUCUAUCACAGCUGUACGUAUUGUUUGAUUCCCCUUGAACACUGUGGCUCUGAACAUUGCUCUGUUUGUUUGAGCAUUUGACCAACCCAGCACAACAUCAUUGGCCUAACCAAUGAGAUUGGGGCGGGGCUAUCUGUUUAUCCAGCCAAUUGGAGAACAGGUGUUUUGCCAGAUAUUAUUUAUGCAAUUCAGUUUGGUGAUUUUAUUCACACAGAAAUCACACACUUCAGGUUGAAGGAGUUCACUUCCAAAACAAAGAUUCACAUAUAAUGUACUCACCCAUUGUCAUCCAAGAUGUUCGUGUCUUUCUUUCUUCAGUCAUAAAGAAAUUAUAUUUUUUGAGGAAAACAUUUCAGGAAUUAUCUCCAUAUAGCAGUUUCAAAGGGCUCUAAAUGAUCCCAGCCGAGGAAGAAGGGUCUUAUCUCGUGAAAUGGCCAUUUUCAAAAAAAAAAAAAAAAAAAUAUAUAUAUAUAUUUUUUUUUUU